UUUUGUGUUAAGAUAGGGCUAAAUAUUUGUAUAAAUAGGUGAUACUUUGCUCUCCAAAGACACAUUUUCUUUUUGAUUUACACUGACACACAAUAACCAACAAUGAAGUUGCUUUUAUUAGCCUUGUGCACUUUCCUUGUAGGACAAGCUUACAGCAAAGGGCAAGCGUACACAGUUACACAGAUUUAUCCAACUCAAUCAUUGGAAUUAGAAUUUAAUGGUUCUAAGGUUUGUGUGAAUACUAACAAGGGAGCAAAGAAUACCACAGACGGUUCUAACCAAUCUGGUGAAAAACCUCAUUCUGGUGAAAAACCUCAUUCUGGUGAAAAACCUCAUUCUGGUGAAAAACCUCAUUCUGGUGAAAACGGUGCUCCCAAUUCGGGUGAAGAAAAUGGUAAUAGAGGUGUCAGUUAUACCCUUAAUAGAACCGAUAAAGAUAACGUCAAAAUUACCGUUAUUUCAUUGGUAUCACGUUCCGAUAAGAAAACUAGGGAUCUUCCAGCAACCAAUCAAACUCUAUGUAAGAUUGCUAUUCCCAAUCGAAAAGAUAAAAUUAUUAUUGUUAGAUUUGGAAAUAAAAUCUCAAAAGCAGAAGCUGAUGCAGGCAGAGGUGAUAACCAUUCUAAGGAAGAUAAAUCUAACCCAAAAGUAUACUAUAGAAUAGAAGCAGUGCAGCAAAAUGGAGGUAAACCCCUUGUAGUCGUCGGAAAAGGUAUCGCCUCCAUUUCUUAUACAAAGGUAAGUCUCAAAAUAACAUACACAAUUUCUGUGAGCAUUCAAGAAAUAAGUGUAGUGGUCGCUAUAAAUGGUAGUUGUAGCUCUGGAGAAAAAGGACAAGAAACAAACUUACACUUGGAAGAAAAACCUACGUCUCCAUGUGCCAGAGAUAAUUAGAUAUUUUGUGAGCAUACUUAUCUUAAAAGAAAUUGUUUAAUUUAUAAAAAAAUAUAUUUAUUAAUGUUAAAUAAUAAUAACUAUUUUGAAUGGGAAAA